AUGAGAGCAUUGGGCGCCUUUUCUGUUCCUCUUCCUCCUCCUCUAUAUAAACCCUACCCUCCAUCCCUUCUUCCCGCGUCAAUUCUAUCCAUUAGCAGUAAUCGCCCAGUUUAUAUAAUGGCUCAACCUCAACCAGACUCCCACGCCACCAACGGCUCCUGCCAGCCAUCGCCCAAAAUCCCAAAACUCCACCAAAACGACGACGUUUCCUCAACCCCUCCCUUUCUACGCGUCAAAAAGCUCUCCGAUAAGGCCGUUUUGCCCUCCAGGGCUUCCCCUCUCUCCGCCGGUUACGAUCUCUCUAGCGCGGUCGAGACAAAGGUGCCUGCCAGAGGGAAGGCUCUGGUAGCCACUGACAUCAGCAUCGCGAUUCCAGAAGGGACCUAUGCACGCGUUGCUCCCCGAUCCGGGUUGGCGUGGAAGCACUCGAUCGACGUCGGUGCAGGAGUGAUUGAUGCGGACUACAGGGGACCGGUUGGUGUUAUACUGUUCAACCAUUCCGAUGUGGAUUUUGAAGUGAAGGUUGGAGAUAGGGUUGCGCAACUUAUCAUUGAGAAGAUUGUCACUCCCAGUGUUACUGAGGUUGAUGAUUUAGAUGAAACUGUGAGGGGUGAGGGUGGGUUUGGAUCUACAGGGGUUUGAUUUGUUCUGUUCUCUUGGUUAUUUUGUAGAGUAGUUGGUGGGGUGUAAAAGAAUUAAACCCUAUUAUCUAUGAUUUUAUCAUGAUAUGUGAAUCUUUCCUAUCUUUUAAUCCAUGGUAUUAUAAACAGAAGUUUAAA